UUCUCUCCUCCAUUCCCUCAGCCCACAUUCAUUCCUCGGUGCACAUUCCACAUUCUCACUUCCCCCCGUCACCCCAUGCCCAGCUGCUGCCAAACCCCAGCCAAAAUAAUCCAUCCCAUAUUGCAACUUUUACUCUCUCAUUCAUGCUCUGUUCUCCCAAGUUUCAGAGCACGAUGGAAUAUUUCAACGUCCCCCUCCUGCUCCUCCUCAUCCUCUCAAUCUUUUCUCAUUCAGAUGGGGGUUCAAUAGGGGUGAAUUAUGGGAGAAUAGCAGAUAACCUCCCAUCAGCAAGCAAAGUAGCGGAGCUCCUAAAAUCUCAGGGUUUGGAUCGGGUCAAGGUGUACGACACGGAUCCGGCGGUUCUCAAAGCCUUAGCCGGGUCGGGUGUUAAAGUGACCGUGGACCUCCCAAAUGAGCUUCUCUUCUCCGCCGCCAGACGGCCUUCUUUCGCCUACUCCUGGGUCCAGCGAAACGUCGCUGCUUAUCAUCCCGCCACCCAAAUCGAAGCCAUUGCCGUCGGGAAUGAAGUCUUCGUCGACCCGCAAAACACGACCCGGUUCCUUGUACCCGCCAUGAAAAACAUCCAUUCCGCCCUUGAGAAGUACAACUUCCAUGACGACAUCAAGGUAUCUUCCCCAAUAGCCCUCAGCGCCCUCCAGAAUUCCUACCCAUCUUCUGCGGGGUCAUUCCGACCCGAUUUGAUCGAGCCCGUUUUCAAACCCAUGCUGGAUUUCCUCCGCCAAACCGGGUCAUACCUCAUGGUCAAUGCAUACCCGUUUUUCGCCUACGAAUCGAACUCUGACGUCAUCUCCUUAGACUACGCACUCUUUCGAGAAAACCCCGGUGUCGUAGACGCCCGUAACGGAAACCGUUACUUUAGUCUCUUUGACGCCCAGAUCGACGCCGUUUUUGCAGCAAUGUCGGCUAUCAAGUACGACGACGUUUCAAUUGUAGUCACUGAAACAGGCUGGCCUUCGAAAGGAGACCCGAAUGAAAUCGGAGCCUCCGUCGAAAACGCCGCUGCAUAUAACGGAAAUCUAGUGAAGAGAAUCCUGACAGGAGUUGGGACCCCCUUGAGACCCAAAGAAAAUCUGACCGUCUAUUUGUUCGCCCUUUUCAACGAGGACAAAAAGGUGGGCCCCACUUCCGAGAGAAAUUACGGGUUAUUUUACCCUAACGAAGACAAAGUUUACGACAUUCCUUUUACCGUCGAAGGAUUGAAGAAUUACCACGAUAACCCUACUCCGGUGACGGGUGGCAGGAGAAACUCGAAGGGCAGUAGCGGUAAUUCACACAGCUAUUCAGGGCAAACUUGGUGCGUCGCGAAUGGGGAUGAGGAGAAAGAGAAGCUGCAGGUGGCUCUAGAUUUCGCUUGUGGUGAGGGAGGGGCUGAUUGCCGCCCGAUCCAGCCUGGGUCCACGUGUUACGAUCCUAAUACGCUUGAGGCUCAUGCUUCCUUCGCUUUCAAUAGCUACUAUCAGAAGAAGGGCCGAGCUAUUGGUACCUGCUAUUUCGGUGGAGCCGCAUACGUUGUAGCUAUACCACCUAAGUAUGGGAAGUGUGAAUUCCCCACUGGAUAUUAAUAUUAGCAGAGCAGAGGAGAAAGAGGUGUCUUGAGCGGUUGUAGGUGUCUUUCUUAUGGUAGUAAUAUUUUUUGGUAUCCAAUGUAAUUAGUUAAUUGAGUCAUUAUUGUUGUUAGAUAGUGGUACCAUCUUGGACCAUCUUUGUCUAUAUAAUAAUUCACAUCUAAUCUAUCUAUCUAGUUACCACUUCCUACA